GGAGAGCAGACAUACGACCACAAAGAGUUAAUUCAUUUAAACCGGCGUCUCCGGCGUGGUCUCCGAAAAAAGAUCCUUCAACUACGACCAUACCAGCUCAUUCUUUCAAUUCGUAAACUUGCCGAAAAUGAUUUGAAAGAUUAAUAAGCUUGACCUAUAAAGGAACGUUUGCCGAUCGAUUAAAACAACUGGUUUCUUCGAUGGCAUCGUUUAAACAACAGUGUGUGUUAAGUUGGAAACCAGUCGUCAAUUGCGAUGCGCGUUAUCAAUAUUCUCUGGUGUAUAAUCGCUUCGGAGAUCACAGUCGCGCUCGAAGAAGGUGAUCGCUGCACGAUCAACAAACAAAAUGGGACCUGUCUGUCGCUCUCCGAUUGUACCGAAUUUCGAAAACUACUAAAACUAGGCAUUAGACCAACCACCUGCGCUUAUAGGAUAAAUCAGGUGCCAGUUAUUUGUUGCCCAGUGCUGGAGCAAAAACGGAAAUCAUCUUUGCGAAAAAGCGAACAGUACUGCGAACAAUAUCGCAAGCUCGCUUCGAAGGAGAUCUCCUUUGGGGCACUCGCGCUGAAUCAGGGAACGGAGCGGCGUACGUUCGUUCCACAAUGUGACGAAUCGAUCGGAUUCGUUGUAGGCGGCCAAGCGAGCAAACCGGAAGAAUUUCCGCACAUGGCGGUUCUGGGCAUACGCGAGGAAGACGGAACGAUUCGAUUCAAAUGUGGCGGAUCGCUCAUAAGCGAUCGAUUUGUUUUGACUGCCGGACAUUGUGUAACAAUGCGGUCGGAGACUCCCAAUCUGGUACGGUUGGGCGAUUACAAUCUCUACAGUACGGCAGAUGGAACGACCGGUGUUGAUUUCGAGAUCGAACAGAUCGUGUGGCAUCCACAGUUCAAACCGUCCCGGAGUAGAUACAAUGACAUUGCGCUGAUCCAGCUGAGUCGAGCGGUCGAUUUUGGAUCUGCGAUUCGUCCAGCUUGCUUGUGGUCUUCCAGUGAACUGAAUGUGACCAAGGCGGUCGCUAUCGGAUACGGUGCGACGGGCUGGUACGGGUUCGGACGUGCUUAUGAAAGUUGGGUUGGACAUGCUACCGAACGAAAGAUGUUUCGAAAUGUACCUGGGUGCCAGGAAACUGAACCGUUCCAUAGUCCAAUCGCAGCUGUGUGCUCACUCGCCGGAAGGCGGGAAGGAUACGUGUCAGGGAGACUCGGGAGGACCCCUCCAAAUCACACUGCCAGGGCACAGAUGCUUGUACUACUUGAUUGGAGUAACAUCGUUCGGAUGGGGAUGCGGAAGCGCUGGUACUGCCGGAGUGUACACGCGGGUUGACUUCUAUCUGGACUGGAUCGAGUCGUUGGUGUGGCCUUGACAUUGUCAUGUAGUAAAAAUUGCUAUCUGUGUUCUAUUACUUUUGAUUAUGCUUUAAUACAGUCUAGUUUGGCAACUUGUCACAUAGAUGGAUAACGAACGCGAAUUUGGAUCCCAGUAAAUAUUCAUGGUCGCUCUAUGAAAUGAUGUUUCGUGCGACGUAUAAAUAUUUAAACUUGUAACUCAGUUAAGGUGUGGCGUUUCACUUUAAAUAGAUUAUCAACUUAAUAUCUUGAAUGAAUAAUGUUCCAAUCAUAUGUUACGAUCAGAUUUAGGAUUGAGCGAUCUUUAGAAAAAGAUCGUUCUUGACGGAUCGAUUUUCUAAACGGUGUAGCUGAUUAAAACGGUACCUGAGAAUCGAUCUUUGGAAAAUUUAAUGCCAUUUUUCCAAUUUGUUUACUUAUCCUAUAUGACUAGUGUCUUUUCAUGAAACUAUGAAUAAACAAUUCACAUUGCUAUUCAAACAUGAAACGCAUUUGACGUAUUUUAAUUUUCAGCAUGAAAGACACAAACAAAACUUGAAUGUCUGGAAAAUUGUAUUUUCCAGGGCAUUCAUCUUGUACCGUCAUGGAAUUAUUCAACUGAAUAAAUUAAAUGAAAAUUAUUAUUAGAAAUUCAACAAUUGAUAUAUUCAUCCAGAACUCCGCUGACAAUAAUCCGAUAAAAUUCCGUGCCAUAGUCUAAUAUUUAGUAAAAAAUUUGACAGUAGUCCCAGAAUGCUUAAGCUGGGCCUGAUGUCACCUUCCAGUUUCGUCACAAUUUUCACUGUCAGCCUAGUCAAUCACUUUGUAAUCACUUGUUUUGUAAUGACUAUACCUACAAAACCGCUUCUCCUAAAUUUUCGACCAUUGAUUUGCCCACCUUGAAAGUGCCAAGUGCCGGUGUUUACUACUGCCCAGGAGCAGGAGUUUGUGAUUCACCUGCUUGAUCUCAAGAACCGUUUUUAUGAGCUCCGAUAUUCGUCGUCUGACUUUCAAAUCGACAAAAAAAACUACAAACACCCUUUCAAUACAAAAAAAAUGAUUGCUGGCUGAGAUUUUUAAAUCAGAAACCGAACCUUUUAUUCCGCAAACCUACAUCAGCAGCGAGAGCUACGGGGGAAACUAUUCCUCCCUCAUCCCUUUUCAAGUGUCCACAUAGGAUAUGUAUAAUGUCCUAGUACUUUGAAAUUUUUCAAGUUUUUUCUCAAGAUGUCGAUUUUACCCUGACAGGGUGUCAAUUUCACCCGCACUCACAUUUGUUUCAUCUAAAAGCACACAUUGUUGUAUUCUAUCAAAACUCGAGUUCUACUCAAAAAAUGAUUUGUGGAAUGGUUUAUGAAGAGUUUAAGUAAUUUAUUUAUUUACUUCGUCUCGAAUUCUAAAAAAAGAUGAUGGGUCUGAGCCUAGGGGCACGGACGGGAUCUUGACAUAGGAAUGUGAUUGUGUGUUGCGUUUGAAUUGAGUUUUAUCAUUGUUCAAAAUCUGUAUUUUUUUCUCUUUUGAUACAUCAAAUGGAAGCACUGAAAAAAAUUGUUUCCUGUAUGAACUUCAAAGACAAAGAGUCAUCAUGUAUCAUUUUUAAACACAAG